AUGGUUGAGGACAUGAAAAGUAUCCCCGUGCAAGACUCAGUUGCGUUUUUACGAUUACGAGACCAUUACAAAAAUGACUUGUUGGAAGACAGUCGUUUAAACAAAGCAGCGGAACUUGCAGCCACACAUCAUCUCUUGUUAACGAGUCCAUCCUCAGAUGCGUGGAAACGACCUCAGUUAAAAGCUGUCGACAGAGAGCUAAGACAGUGGACUAAACGCGUUCGUCAACCAGGUGGAAGUCGUGUGGGAACUGGUGGAGGAGAUGUUGAGGAAGAGGAUGAGGAUGAAAUGAAUCUAGCCGCAGGACCUAUGCACACCUUGUUGACUAAAUUAUUACCAUCCCGAAAACGUAUAAAACAGACCCCCUCAUCUCCCUAUCCAGUUGUUACUACAACAGCAGGCGUGAAAAGGAAAGCGUCUUCAAGUGGUCCAACGAAACGCACGUCUAAUUUAUCCAAGUCCUCUACUCCUAAAGGACCAGGGGCACCGAAAAAGAAACGAGUCUCCUUAGCCGUCACCCCCAAAGGAAAAAAAACACCUAACAAGAAGCGACUGUAUUUUACACCACCGAAAUCCACCCCAGAACUAAUAGGUGGAGAAGAAUUAGCUGAAGAACUUCCUAUCUCAGGGGCUUUGGGUGAGCAACCGUGGAGUACACCCAAGGAAAUUGCCCGCAACGUGUUUAAAUCGUUCCGUCGUAAAUCCAGAAAAGCUGACGUACAGAAAUUGAAACCAGCCGCAGGUUGGAAACCAUUUGGAACCCCCCUACAACGACAACUUUAUGGCAAGGACUACUCGUAA